GUGUCCACCAAAAGAAUGAAGAUCGAUUGAAAAAAAAAAAUCUAUUUUCUGUCUCAAGAAUAAAAAUGAAUUGCUGCCACAGAACUCGGAGGACGUGACAUUAAUAACUUUAGUCAAUUUAUGGGUUCACCAUUAAAAGGGGAAUGGAGACAACGUAGUAAAAAAAAAUAAUGAUUUCUUUUAUGAUGAUGAAAUAAAAACAAAAAGCCAGAUGUUGUUCGGCUGGUAUGAAGCUGGCAGAAGAUCCAUUUUAUAUCUUGAAAUAAGUACAUAUUAAAACGUAAUUGAACGACACUCGACACUGUGAUAAAAUUAGAAAGUCACUCCAACGAAGAAAACAAACAAACAAUUUUCGGUUAUUACGAAACAACCCGGGUAACCCUAUUCUAGUGAUAACAGGUACUAACGAAUCGGUGUCAACACCUCACAGGGCUGACUCAGCAAAGUCGUCCGUAGGUUGCAACAUUCAGGCCGUGAAAGGCCCUUGCAAUGUUAGGUGGUUUCGAGAGUACAUAACAUGCAGCACUCCUUCCAUGGGACUCAUAUAAAACCGACUGGCGUUGUUGGCUCACCGGAUCCCAGAACAGUGAUAACAGUUUCCAUAUCGUUGGAAAGUUUCAAACAGUUAAGAACGAAACACCGGGAUCGCGGUGGCGAAGCGAUGCAAAACGAGUGUAGUGUUCCAGUAUGCCCCGAUGUGGGUAUCUUUCGGGGUGGAUAACAGCAAAAUUAAACAGCAAAUAUUUGUGAAGUAAUUAGUGUGCCACGAAUGGACUGGUGGUGGUGAUCAUGAGGAUAAAGCAGCGUCUUGUCACUGGAUUAAUUUAUUUAUAGACGGACGCGUACAUGCGGAGGGAAUGUUUCGGUUUCGGUGCCACGUUAGAGGUCAUACAUAGUCUCAAUCCGCAAGUGAACGAACGCAUUGCGAUGAUUAGUAGCGAAAGUGAUGGGUGCUAGACAAGCGUGAAAAUGAAGACUUCAGUGUUGCUGGAAAAUGUGAAAACUGGUUCAACAGUGCGGAAGUUUGCAUAACACAUUGCGCGCUUCGAAGAUUGCAUCCCGUGGACGUGAACAAAGAGGAAGAAAAAAAAACAGUGCCAAAAUUAUUUAGAGUUUAAUGGACCGGUGUAGUAGCUAGGAUUAACAAUGAAGUACAAAAUCAACAAAGAAUGCAACCUGCUGGUUUUGCUGGUUGGUUGCGUUUCCGUCAUCGUCGCUGGGAGCAGCAGCAGCAGUAACGAUGUGGGUAGCGUACCGACUGCACUUACGGUAAAAGAGCAACCUUGCUGUCAGGACGAUGAUGUGCUAUCCGCCGUGCAUCACGGUUGCUUCAACCAGUCGUCGAAUUUCACCUACAAAGUGGUUCUGAACUGCACCCAACAUUACAUCAUCUAUCAGGAGCUGGAGAUCGAGGUACACGUGGACUCAAAGGGUUCCCUGGUGGACGGAAACUACGAGGUCGAUUGGACAGACUAUUGUUCGACCACCCUGCUGGACGGGGAUGAGACGCAACCGGUGUUCAUGGUAUGCUUCAACAAUGACGGCUACGCAUCGACUCUGUCGUUCUACUUCAGCAAAGGAAUCAUGAUGCUAAUCUCGGUAUUCUUCCUGGCCGUGACACUGUACAUAUAUUACCUCAUACCGGACCUUCGGGAGACCCAGGAUAAGGUCACGUCAAUUGCCGUCACCUGUCUGAUGAUGUUCAUGUUGCUGCUGAGUGUGGUGCAGCUGCGAACCUCCAUCACCUACAGCCCGCUAUGCACGGUGAUAGCGUUCCUGAUGUACUUCUUCCUGAUCAGCUAUUUUGCCUGGCUCAAUACCGUAAUGGCCAACGUGUGGAAGUUGACAGUUGCACGUCAGUGGAAAAUCAAGGAACGCGGUUGGUACGUCCUUAAUCACAUCUACGCGCACACGGUGGCCCUCACGCUAACUGCAAUGGUGUACAUUUAUCACACACGGAAUGCUACCUUCGGCGAGAUAUCCUGUUGGUUCCGAACGGAACGGGAACAGUCCUACUUCGUCUAUUUGCCGUUGAGUGUGAUGCUGACUAUCAACAUCUUCCUGUUCGUUUGGACCAGCUACCAUCUGCAUACCAGCGGGGACGACAUAAGUCCGGAUCGGAAGAAGGCACUAAGAUACAAAUGCAUGCUCUACUUGAAAUUGUUUCUGCUGGCUGGGCUAAUCUGGAUAUUCGAAAUCAUCUCUUUCCACAUCGGGGAUGGUCAUCUGGGUCGGUCUUGGUUCUGGGUGCUCAUCGAUUCCAUCAAUUGCCUGCACGGGGUUCUGAUCUUCUUUGUGCUGAUCGUUUGGCGGCAACGUAUCAAGCGGGAACUGUCCGGCCGGCGGAUAUUAUGCUUCCGUGGUCCGGCCAGUUGGUCGCAGCUGAAGGACGACGAACAGGAACAACUCGCCGAACAAGAUCGUGAGUAUGGCAAGUACGACCUAAUCAUCAAAUAAACAGAACGGACAGUAUCUAAUACAGCGUGACAGAACUCGGAAAGAAGAAAUAGCAGCAUUACUGAAUUUAAUCCAGGCGAAGUGACUUAUUUUGGUGGAGAUACUUUAACAUCAGUUAGAUGUUAUAUACGCAUACAAACACAUACACACACACACACACCAAGAACAAUGUUGAUAGCUUCUAGAUUUGCUUAAUUGAAUGCCUUUGUUCAAAGCCAAAAAAAAUAGAAUUUUACUCGUUCAUGAAUUUGAAUUUCAGGAUUAAAUAUAAGUAAGAAUAUAUCUG